AUGCCGACCACGGGCGCCUGCAAGGUGCUCAACUUCUUUCCAGAUCCAGUCUGGGCAGCCCUUUGUCUUACCGACGAUCCUGCAGAGGCUUUGGAGGGCAACCUGAACCAGGCGUCCAUUUGCAUCCGUGGCUUUCGACACACCACCAGCUGCCUACAGGCACCGGACAUCUCGAAAGCCGGGACGCUGGUGAUCUGCACCCUUUACCUGGGUGGCACCUCCGUGGACCUGAUUCGUUGCCCGGGCUUCAGCCGUAUGGAGAUCGGGGA